UUGCACGAACGAUAUUGAAAAGAAUGAAGUACAUUGACAUUGUACCACCAGUUCCAUAAUAAUAAACAAAACAUGGAGAAUUUUUCAGACGCAACACAUCGCUGUGAAGACGAAAAGAACGAAGAUUUCAAAGCCGUGGAGCCAAAUACCAGCACACAUGCAAGUAUAUUUCUUCAGAGUUUGUACAAAAUAUACAAAGAGAAACAGUUGUGUGACGUUACCCUUGUUGUAGACAUGAACGAAAUAGAAACACAUCGGGUUGUUUUGGCUGCUAACAGCGCGUAUUUUUACACAAUGUUUACGGGGGAUUUACUAGAGAGUACUGCAAGAAAAGUUGUAUUGAAGGAAGUUGAUUUUGCGGCUUUGAAAUUGCUAGUUGAUUAUUGUUACACGUCUGUUAUUGAUUUCAAUACUUCUAAUGUCGAGAGUUUGUUAAAGACAGCACAUUUGUUACAGUUCAGUAAUAUAGUUAAAGGAUGUUGUGCGUAUAUGAGUUCACAGCUUCAUCCAACAAACUGUCUGGGUAUCAGCAGCUUCGCCGAGCUGCACGGAUGCACCAGCCUUCGGGAUUCCGCACUGACUUUUGCGACAAAGCACUUUUGCCAAGUGGCCAAAACCGAUGAGUUUAAGUUGGCAACAUUGGAUCAAAUUUGUCAGUUGCUCUCGAGCGAUACUCUGAAUGUCCCAUCAGAAAAGGAUGCCUUCGAUAUUGCAAUGUCAUGGAUUAAACAUGAUACAGAGAAUCGCAGGAAUUUUUUGUCGCAAAUGUUGGCUCACAUCAGGUUGGAACUACUUCCCCCAAAAGUACUUGUUGACUGCAUUGAACAAGAUGAGCUCAUUGCUGUGGACAGUUUCUGUUUGCAAGCUGUCAGCCAGGCAAAGAAUUCACAUUUGUUGCCGGAAAGGAAGGAACAGAGCGGCAAGAAGAAACAUAGGAUUAGAAGUUCCGAAGAAAACUUGUACAUAAUUGGCGGGGAAAUACACAACUAUGUAUUUAACACGCUGGAAUGCUACGAUUUUAAGAGCGAUGUUUGGUCUUCACAUGCCUGCCUUAAUAAACCUAGAGAUGGUCUUGGGGCAACCACAUACAGUGGUCUCAUUUUUGCAGCUGGAGGUUGUGACGGCGAAGUGGCGUUGAACACUAUGGAAUGUUACAAUCCAAGCCAAGAUUCCUGGAAUUUUGUUAAACCGAUGUCUCUCAAUCGCCACGCCUUUUCCCUGGUCGAAAUGGGCGGGUGGUUAUACUCGGUCGGGGGGAGCGAUUUCUUUCGCACGGAAUACGAUAACGUUGAACGUUAUGAUCCAGUGAGGGAUUCGUGGUGUGACGUCAUGCCGAUGAUUACGAAACGUGAGGGUCUCCAGGCUGUUUCAAUCGAUGGCUUGUUAUUCGCCAUCGGCGGCGACAACGGCAUCUCGAUUUUGAACACGGUGGAGCAAUACGACCCCAGGAUAGGGUACUGGACCGUGUGCGAAUCCAUGACUUACCGACGGCGGUACUUCGCGGCAGCGGCAUUGCGUAAUCAGAUCGUUGUACUUGGUGGCAGUGAUUGCGACGAGGAUCAUAAUUCGGUCGAGACGUAUGACAUGCGCAUGAACCGCUGGCUUGCAUUACCGCCGCUGCUCGUGCGUCGGGAGAGCCCGGUGGCGGCCGUUGUCGAAGAUAGACUGUUUGCAAUUGGGGGGGCGUUCAUGAACGUAGAAACGGAUAGUAUUGAUGCUUACAGUGUUGUUGAUAAUAAAUGGGAGGCUUUUACCCCCCUGCCAAGGGCAAUGGAGGGCAUGGCUUCUGCGGUGUUGUGAGAGAAGAGUUGUGUUUUGACGAAAAUGAGAAUACUAAAAAUUUUCUCGUUGAGUUGACCUCAGAAUUAGCAUAGUAGCUUGUUGUGGUAAAAUAUCUUGAGUCUAUA